UCGACUGGAGAUAAUUACUUGUACUGUGAAUCGGACGUUGAUCAAACUGUGUUAUAUUUGAACUGAACCUGUCUGGAGAAUUGCAGUCGGCUGUAGAAAAUAUCAUGGAUGACCAGAUCAACAUUUCCUACAUAACUCUGUCUGGGUAUGUAGAUCUGAACAAAUACAGAUAUUUUUACUUCUUCAUUGUACUCACUGUGUACAUCUUAACAGUCUGCAGCAAUGCUACUAUUUUGUAUCUCAUCUGGAUUCACAAAAACCUCCAUGAGCCGAUGUACAUCUUCAUCGCAGCUUUGCUGUUUAACGGUCUUCUUUGCAGCACCAACAUUUACCCAAAGCUUUUGAUUGACUUCUUCUCUGAAAAACCGAUCAUAUCGUAUUCAGCUUGUCUUUUGCAGUUUUUUAUGUUUUACUCUUUUGGUUUUGCAGAGUUCCUCCUGCUAGCAGCCAUGGCCUUCGACAGAUAUGUGGCGAUAUGCAAACCUCUGAGAUACAGAAAAAUUAUGAGAAAAAGUCAUGUGAAUGUUUUCCUGCUUCUAGCUUGGUCUCUACCUGCUUGUUAUUUUGCAGUGCAAAUAACACUGAGCUCUAAAGCUACAUUGUGUAAAUUGAACUUGGAAGGAAUAUUUUGCAACAACACUAUUUACUCCCUUCAGUGUGUGAGAUCAACAGCAAUCACUGCAGUGGGGAUUGUAGCUUUAUUACAUGUUGUAGUGCUUCCUAUGCUCUUCACAAGCUUCACGUACGCAAACAUAUUUAGAAUAUCUUACCGCAGCUCUAAGCAAUCCAGGAAAACAACAGUAGAGACCUGCGUGCCUCACCUACUGGUUCUGACCAGCUACUUCUGUUUGAUGACGUACGAUGUGGUUAUAGCCCGAGUGCAGUCCGAUUUCCCCAAAACUGCACGAUUCAUAAUGACGAUGCAGAUAUCUCUGUAUCACCCUUUGUUGAACCCGUUCAUAUACGGUUUCAAAAUGAGGGAAAUUAACAAACAUCUGAGGAGAUUGUUCAGCUCAGCCAAAAAGGUGCCAGCAGUAAUUCAGUGAUUUUAUUUUGUAACUGCUCUCAAAUCCCUUUCUUGUGUCUCAUUUGGUUUUCAAAGUGUCACGAUGACUAAAAUGAUUCUGGAUUCCAUUUAAACCACAUUUGUUGUUUCAACUAUUUGACUGCAAGCAAUCAAAAUUGUAUU